UCCGCCAAAGAGCGCUUUUUAAGUUCGUUUCCAGAAGAGUUUUGCUUCCAAAUUAUUUGUCAAGUUUCUCACGGAGGAGUGACAGCCAACAGAGAAUAAAGAUGAUGCUCAGUCCGGACCAGACGGAGGCCGACCUCUCCUGGACUCAGUCCGACCCGGAGUCCAUCCUCAACGGCCUCAAGUCCACCGGCUGCACCUCGGACGAGCCCUGCACGGAGGGCGAGGACCGGCCCAGAUGCAGAUCUGACCAGCCCCUGAGCCGGGAGGAGAAGAGGAGGCGGAGGAGGGCCACGGCCAAGUACCGCUCGGCCCACGCUACCAGAGAGCGGAUCCGGGUGGAGGCGUUCAACGUGGCCUUCGCCGAGCUGAGGAAAUUACUCCCCACCUUGCCCCCGGACAAAAAACUCUCCAAGAUCGAAAUACUCAGACUGGCUAUAUGCUAUAUCUCCUAUCUCAAUCACGUGCUGGAUGUUUAAAAGUGACCCCCACCCCCCCAUGAGACAGAAAUGCUUUGGUUUGGGCUGAAGACUCAAGCGCGUAAAUGCUGUGCGUCAGUUGGGUAUGGC